AUGGAACACCUGGAACACCUGGAGAAUCUGGAACACCUGGAGAACUUGGAACACCUGGGAUACCUGGAGAACAUGGAACACCUGGAGAACCUGGGACACCUGGAGAACCUGGAGCACCUGGGACACCUGGAGAACAUGGGACACCUGGAGAACAUGGAACACUUGGAGAACCUGGGACACCUGGAGAACAUGGAACACCUGGAGAACAUGGAACAGCUGGAGAACAUGGAGCACUUGGAGCAGCUGGGACAUCUGGAACACCUGGAGAACUUGGAAUACCUGGAGAACCUGAUGCACCUGGGACACCUGGAGAACUUGGAACACCUGGAGCACCUGGAGAACUUGGAACACCUGGGACACCUGGAGCACCUGGAGAACUUGGAAUACCUGGAGAACAUGGAGAACCUGGGAUACCUGGAGCAGCUGGGACACCUGGAGAACUUGGGGGACAACCCCCACUCCCAGCACAAGGACAUGGACAGAGAGCUGGGAACACCUGGGAGCCCCCAGGUGUGGUUACCUGGCUGUGCCUAUCCCAGAUGUGUCCCAGGUGUGGUUACCUGGCUGUGACUGUCCCAGGUGACCCCAGGUGAGGUUACCUGGCUGUCCCUGUCCCAGAUGUUGUUACCUGGUUGUCCCUGUCCAGGUGUGUCCCAGGUGCCAUUCCCUGGCUGUCCCUGUCCAGGUGACCCCCCAGGUGUG